GAUUAGCUCCAGUGGCGACACGAGUGGUGAGAAGCUUGGAGUCCUGUCUUAGUUGUUACGUCAACGUCUUUUUUAUUUUCUGAGUUUAUCAGCGGAAGCUGGUUUGCAAUCUAAACCCAUAACCGGCGGUCAUUCCCCUGUGUUUUUCUGCACUGCUAUCGGCCAUUUCCGGCUACCGAAACCCGCCGCGGUUUCUGACCUGGCGACGGGCCUGGCCUCCCGGGCGCCGGUGGCGGCCCCAUCUCCGACAAAUCCACAAGUCAGCGUCACGGUGCGCCUUGUGAGCACGCGCGGCGUUACGGCGGGCGGGCGUCAAGUGCGGCAACGCUCUGCCAAUCGUGACCGCGGCGCGUCGUGUGUGUUAUCAGCGUGGGGGCUGAUAUAUCUGGGCCCAGCCCCCUCGCGGCGUGCCGGCGACGGCGGCGGCGGCCGGUGCGUCAAGGUCAUCCAGUGUAUGAGGACAGCACUCGUCCCGCGGCGGUCAGUGAGAACUCUGUGUGCUGCGGGCCGGUGUGGAUCGUCCGUCUCGGGUGUGAGCUGCAGCAGGGCCUCAGUCUCGCCGACGUGCUGUUGUGAGAGUGUGUCAGAGGGGGCCAGUGUCUGGGACGCAGCCAUGGCUCCGGCGCUGCCGUCGCUGGCGGAGAUGUGCAGCAUCAUCGUGCCGCUGCUGGUGCUGCUGGUGACGGUCUCGCUGCUGCUCUUCUACCGGACUCCGGCAGAGCGGCUGCUGCAGCUGAUCCCCGGCCCGCGGCCGCUGCCCAUCCUCGGCAACCUGCUGGACCUGCCGUUCGGGCAGUCGGACAUGAUGGAGGUUCUGCGCCGCAACUGCGACCCGGGCGGCCUGACCUACAUGCACUGCGGCUCGCUGCACUACGUGCUCCUCACCUCACCUCAGGCGCUGGAGGGCGUGCUCAGCAGCAAGAAUGAGCUGGACAAGGGGUACGACUAUGAGCCCCUGCAUCCGUGGCUCGGCAAGGGGCUGCUCACCAGUACCGGCGAAAAGUGGCACCGGCGCCGCAAACUGAUCACGCCCGCCUUCCACUUCGCUAUCCUGGAUUCGUUCCUGGAGACGAUGACCAAGAACGCGUCGGCGCUGGUCGAGCGGCUGGCGGCCGGCGGCGAUGGUCCCCAGGAGGUGUGGCCACUGGUUUCUGACGCCGCGCUCGACACCAUCGCCGAGACGGCCAUGGGUGUGUCGGUGGGGGCCCAGCAGGGUAGCGCCGUCAAGUACAAGGCGGCCAUUGCCAGCAUUGGUCACGUGGUUCACUCCCGUUCUCUGCGACCCUGGCUGCGGAACGCCACCAUUUUCCGCCUGCUGGGCUGGCAGCGGCAGCAGGAGGAGGCGCUGGCGGUGCUCCACUCAUUCACGAGGAGGAUAAUCCGCGAGCGGCGCGCGCGCCGGGCGAACGGUGGCGCGGAUAGCUUGGAGCAGGCCGGCGACGGCCGGCGGAAGGCGUUCCUGGACCUGUUGCUGAGCUCGGAGGAGGGCGCGCUGCUCACGGACGAGGAUGUCGCUGAGGAGGUGGACACAUUCAUGUUCGAGGGGCACGACACGACCACUUCGGGCAUCUGCUGGACGCUGCUGCACCUGGCGCGACUGCCGGACGUGCAGCGCCGCGUGCAUGAAGAGCUGGACGAACACCUGCCUGACGAGGGCAUCCCGCUGACGCGCGAGCACCUGACCAACCUCAAGUACCUCGAGUGUACCAUCAAGGAGUCGCUUCGCGUCACGCCGCCAGUGGUGAUGUACUCACGCACACUGCGCAACAACUUCACUGUGGACGGCUACGUGGUGCCAGCGGGCACGAACAUGAUGAUGCUUCCCUACGUGGUGCACCGCGACCCUCGCCACUGGCCGGAGCCGGAGAAAUUUGACCCGGACCGCCACCUGCCUGAGAACGCCGCCGCCCGGCACCCGUACGCGCUCGUGCCGUUCUCUGCUGGACCGCGCAACUGCGUCGGCCAGCGAUUCGCGAUGCUCGAGAUGAAGUCGAUGCUAGCAGCCAUGCUGCGCCGCUUCAGUUUGAGCACAGAGCAGCAAUUCAGCGAGAAGAUGUUUUACGUGAGCUUGACGCUUCAGAGUAGUCCACCAAUGAAAGUGAGCUUCGUGCCGCGCGAAAAGGCAUGAGGCACGUCUGAAGAACUCUAUAAGGCACACUUAUGGUGUGCUUUGUAGUAGGGUUUGGUGAACUCUAGUCCUUGCGGGGCCGCGUAUGGCACAUGACAGCAAAGGCUCGGCCAACCUUAGUAAAAGACUGCGAUGGCUGGCUGGCAGUUGGUUUCAAUGGUUGGCGAUCGUCUGUCGUGAACUGUGCUGGCAGAUAGAGGGGAUAUGAUAAACAUUUCACAAUCGUUCAGCACUGAAGGCCUAUUUCGAAUGGUCAUAACCCUCGAGCGUGCGGGUGAUUGAGAGAGCAGUACUCGUAAUUGCCGCUGGGCGGUCGUAGAGUUGUGGCUCAGUGGAAAUGUGCUCAAUGUUUGUGUCUGUAUUGUCCGCUAAUGUGUUGUUAGCGUGUCACAUGUGUGCGCGCCACGGGGGAAGAAACACGUUGUGCAAGUGGAGAUCAGUGACUGUGGACAUGUCACAUUGUUAAAGUGGACAUCGGUGGACAUUUUACAUUGCUAAAGUGGUCGUCAGUGUACCUACAUCUUGCAUUGUUUAAGUGGACAUCGGUGAUUUGUGCUCAAUUUUAAUGUACAAUUGAGCUUUUACUUGGUGGUGUAAUGGUCUCCGUAUCCUCUGUUUUGCAUCGCUUAGCAGUAUUUGGUGACUGAUUCGCCAAUAUUGUCAAUUGCUUAGGUAUGCAAAGAAAGAUGUGUCAGCUUUGCUCAACUCAUUCCAGUACAACUCACGCGUUUAAGCUUUCCUUGGAACAAAAGCUGGAUGUUAGGCAGUCCACUCGAAAACCUUGCAUGAAGUCAUCGCUUACGGCUGUUUCCAGGCACGUAGGACGUCCUCCUACGCUCAGAAUAUGUGGACCAGCUUACACGAAUCGUUAAAUUCUGUUAAUAAAUUUAAAGUUUAUGUGGAAUGGAUA